GCAUUCCCUAACUGGAAGCAUAUAGGGUUAGGGCAUAAAUAUGACUGCAUCAUGUGACUGCAUCUAGGUCAGCUCGCCCCUGAAUUGCUUGCGCGGUCAAUUCCCUGUGCAAUUGGCUAGUCCGUCUCCUCUUCUAUACCCUCACACCUCUGCGGUUGUUGCUGCAGGUAAAAAGCACAACCCCGGUCGAUCGCCCCAUUACUAACUAUGACCGCCAUAGCCAAGCUUCGGGGAACAGUGCUGUUCCUGUACUACCUCACUUCUUGCGUGGCUACCUACUUGUCAACCGUCGCUGGCUAUCCUCUGUGGCUAUUUUCAUCCAAUUUAGCGCGUGCAUGGAUGGCCAGUGGCAAGCGCCUGUUCGCCAGCAUUCAGGUGGCAGUGCUGCAAGUAUUCACGAAUUCCCAGAUCAAAUUGUACGUUGACCCGCAAAUUCGUGACCAAUUUUCCAUUGAAGAAAAGACCGGUCACCUCAGGACCAAUUUGAGUCCCCGAUCAAUCAUCAUCUCCAACCACCAGCUGUACAGCGACUGGGUGUAUAUUUGGUGGCUCGCCUACACCAGCAAUCUUAGCGAUGCCAUCAAAAUUCUUUUGAAGGAUUCACUCAAGCGCAUCCCUAUAUUCGGUUGGGGCAUGCAGCACUUUGAGUUUAUCUUUCUCAAGCGCAAAUGGGCCGAAGACGAAGCCACAAUUGCCAAACACAUGAGCGACCUGUCCCACGAGCCCAGCCUCCCUGCAAUGGUUGUUCUUUUCCCUGAGGGUACAACCAUGAGCACCGGUGGUUAUUCGAGAAACCAUGCCUAUGCCGAGAAAAACGGCAUCAAAGAAUUCAAUCAUCUCCUGCUCCCCCGCGCCCGAGGUCUUCAAGCCAUCCUGAAGGGUGGCUGCCUGCCCUACCUCUACGACCUCACAUUCUAUUAUGCGGGCAUUCCAGAGGGAACUUAUGGAGAAGAGUUUUAUACCCUGGCGCGCACAUAUGCUGGUGGUCAGAGCCCACCCGAGAUCAAAAUUCACAUUAGACGGUUCGAGACCAAGGAUAUACCCUACGACAACGACGCAGCGCUUGCUGAAUGGCUCAAUAAAGUGUGGUCCGAGAAAGACAAGAUUUUCGAACAGCUCAAGUCAAACACAAUCGCCGAGGAACCCUUAGAAACCACCGUGCGACUAGACUCUGUACUGGAAGUGCUUGAGCCCUUCAAUGUGCCGCUGAUGGCCUACCUUGGUACGAAAUUACUUCGCAAAUGGCUCAACUAA